AUGAGCACAUUUGGUAUCCUCCACGAGAAGAGCUAUGAACACACGCCUGGCACCGCCAUCCUUCAUGACGACGCAACGGCAGGUAUAGCUGGACAAGCAGCUGUUGGGCUCAAGCACGGUACAGGACGACAUGCACACAUUGUCCUUGUCCCACAGCCAACAGAGGAUCCUAAUGAUCCGCUGAAUUGGCCGCUAUGGAGGAAAGAUCUGUGCCUAUUCAGUGUGGCACUGGGCUCACUUUGCUUCACGGCCGUUCUGGUUCCAAUGUUGUCACCUGCCACCUAUGCGCUCAGCAUCGAGCUGAACACGAGCAUCACAGCCAUUGCGCAGCUCACGGGCAAUUGCCUACUUUGUGUCGGAGCCUUCGGACCUUUCGUCUCAGCCAUGUCUCGUCUAUGGGGAAAACGACCACAGUUUCUCCUCGCGUCUCUGCUGGGAAUUCUUGGUACCAUUGUGUGCGAAUGUGCGAACUCAUACAAGACACUCCUUGCCGGACGCCUUCUUCAGGGCCUUUCCGUCGCGGCAUACGAGUCCCUCAUCGUGGCACUGAUGGGAGACAUGUAUUUUGUGCAUCAACGAGGCGCUCGAGUCACGAUUUUCCAGCUGGUCACCAACACUUUCGGCGUAUUGUCACCCAUCAUCGCAGGCGUGAUCUUCGACAAUCUCGGUUGGAAGUACCUCUUUCAUAUUGCCCAACCAUUUCUGAUCGCACAGUUGGUCAUGGCGUUCUUCUUCGUUCCGGAAACUAGCUAUCACCGGCCAGAGAUCUACAACACCGAUGUAGCCUCGACUGAGAGACUCGAGGAGCUCAAACACGUCGAGGUGACUGAGAGUGAACAUGCCAGAAGCGCUGCGCACGACGAAAGACAGGCGGCGUCGACACCUGCUCCUAAGACAUUCGGGCAGCGCUUGUCGAUUUACAACGGAAGAUUCAGUCAGCAACAUCCGCUAAAACUGGUCAUUGCUCCGUUUGUCUGUCUGGCUAAUCCAGCUGCAAUUUGGGGUUGCUUGACCCAGGGCAUCUCGUCCGGCUGGUGGGUGGCCACGUCAUUUGUACUUGCGCAGAUCUUUGGUGUACCACCAUACAACCUUUCCACAGCUGGGGUGGGUUACCUAUACGUCGGACCUUUCAUCGGUGGACUUCUGGGUGUUUUAUUCAUGAGCUUCGCUUCAGACCCUCUCGCAAGGUUCAUUGCCAAGCGGAAUCGAGGUGUAUAUGAGCCAGAGUUUCGGCUCUAUCCGAUGAUUCUGGCCCUGAUCACAGGAACGAUCGGUCUGUUCCUGUAUGGACAUAUGAUCGAGGAUGGCAAAGGGUACUAUGUCGCCAGCGCCCUCCACGGGAUAUACGGCUUCAGUGUGAACACGGCUGGCGCAGUCAUGAACUCGUACGUUGUGGAUGCUUUCCGAGAGGAGAGUACUGAGAUGCUCGUCAUCGCCAUGGUGUUCAAGAACUUUUUCUUCUUCUCGCUUUCUUACUGGGUCAACAACUACCUCGCCGUCGUUGGACCAGCUAGGUACUUCGAUGUGCAGGGCGGCAUCGUUGUGGGUAUUUAUGCCCUCAGCAUACCUAUGUACAUGUUUGGGAAACUCAAUCGAGGCUGGUGGAGGAGACACGAUCUCAUCAAUAAGAUGGGCGUGGCCAACGUGCAUUGA